GAAGUUUCUAGUCUCCGAUGCCGCGCAGUAGCAGUGUUUAUUUACGUACGCCAUCAUCGUGCGAUUAAUUGAUCGCGGAUUCGCGCGCCUCUGAAACUCGGGAUUCGACGCGGACGCGUUUAUUAUCGUCUCUUGCGAACGCCGUUCAACGUUCGCGCGAAACAGCGAGCACGAAUUGUCAAAAAUUGACAGGAAGAGGAGAACGAGAAAUCGCGGUCGAGGACGUGGGAUAAUCGGUCGCUAACGCCAUCGUCAUCGUGCUUCGGUCGCAUCGUAUGUCGUCAUCAUCGUUCCUGCUGUCUAUAUUUCUAACCUAUCAGAAAACGGUCAUUGCAGUUUGUUGUGUUUGUUCUGGAUCCUCCUCCCGAGGCACGCGUCUGUCAAGUCCGAUGCUACGCUGAAAAUAGCUCGCAGCCAAGUGACGAGUAUGGGCGACGAGGACGACGUACUGCCGGCGCGUCUUCAGAGGCUCGAGAUUGAUCGUCGCUCGACGAGUUGCCCACACAUUGCAGUGACAGACAAAUCAAAGCAGAUAAAUCUAUUCAGGAUAUUUGGCGAGAUUUCUGAUAGCAGCUUAUUUCGAAGGAGAUCAAUGCCCAAUAGGCCUACCAUGUUAUCAGUUAGUCCAAAGGGCAUUAAAAGUACAACGAAUUUCAAGCCGUCUAAGAAUGAGAGAGUAGUCGAAAAGACCAAGAAAAACAUUGUCCUUAAGGAGGCUAUUCUAAAGUUAAGCGCUCCUGGAACCAGCGGUCUUAGUGAUAAUUCGGUGGAUACACUAUUCAAAGACACAUGUAAACUCAGUAUUCCCACUAAAAAUUCCAAGAUAAUCGAUCAUAAAUCAGUCAUGAAAGAUUUCAAGGCGCUGAAAAUCAGUAAAGAUUGUAGACAGGCUAAAGAUGACACUAGCAUUCAGGAUGACGAAUGCGAAGUCAGCAGUUUUCAGCGUGCUCGCAGUAACACAAUGCCGAAUCUGAAAAGAGGUCCUGGUCCAGGUGGUGGAGAACAACGAACGCCGAUCGGACAAUCAGAUGCGAGUAGCGGUUCAUCUGGCCAACAAUUGUCGAGUUCGCCGAACACUUGUUCGGUACAGGCACGUAUAUCACCACCCUCGUCGAGCGACGUUACGAUCGGCGAACUAGCCGGCUAUUUUGAAGAGUUCGUCCAUAUUCCAAAGAAGAUGUCGCACAUGGCAGAGAUGAUGUACACUUAAUACUGUAAAGUAUCUUGAAUUAUGCAUGUACCGGAUAUAGAUUUUUUUUCGACGCAGUUUUUUCAGACUGUGUAUAUUUCAUUCUCUAUACAAUAUCAUAUCUCUCUCUGUUUAUGCUUAUAAUUUAAUUCACUAAAUUAUUUUUUUAAUAUAUUUAUAAUAG